CUGUAGCGGCAUACCUGAAGUCAAUAAUGUUUUCCAAGCUAACCCGCUCUCAGAGCAUUGCUGUUCUCUGUCGCGGUGUUCAUACUUCACUGAGUUCUGCUGCCUCAGUUGCUACGAAAAAAACAGUUCAAGGCCCUCCAUCUUCUGAUUACAUAUUUGAACGUGAGGCUAAAUAUGGUGCCCACAAUUAUCACCCACUACCUGUUGCCCUGGAAAAAGGAAAAGGUGUUUAUGUGUGGGAUGUUGAAGGUAGAAAGUAUUUUGACUUUCUGAGUGCUUACAGUGCUGUUAAUCAAGGCCACUGUCACCCAAAGAUCGUGAACGCUCUGAAAGCUCAGUCUGAAAAACUGACCCUUACGUCCAGAGCAUUCUACAAUGAUGUACUUGGUGAAUACGAGGAGUUUGUCACUAAAAUGUUCAAUUAUAACAAAGUCCUUCCAAUGAACACAGGAGUGGAAGCUGGAGAAACUGCCUGUAAGUUGGCUCGGAAAUGGGCAUACACUGUGAAAGGAAUUCCAAAAUACAAAGCAAAAAUUAUUUUUGCAGCUGGCAACUUCUGGGGCAGAACAAUGUCUGCUAUCUCUAGUUCUACUGACCCAUCCAGCUAUGAUGGAUUUGGACCCUUUAUGCCAGGUUUCGAAGUAAUCCCAUACAAUGACCUACCAGCUCUUGAGCGGGCCCUUCAAGAUCCCAACGUAGCAGCUUUCAUGGUUGAGCCAAUUCAAGGUGAAGCAGGUGUGGUUGUUCCUCACAAAGGUUAUCUCACAGGAGUGCGGGACCUCUGUACAAAACACAAUGUUCUAUUUAUUGCUGAUGAAGUACAGACUGGUUUAGCCAGAACAGGGAGAAUGUUAGCUGUUGACCAUGAAAAUGUGAGACCUGAUUUAAUUCUUCUUGGAAAGGCCCUUUCUGGUGGCUUAUAUCCUGUCUCAGCAGUACUAUGUGAUGAUGAAGUUAUGCUGACCAUUAAGCCUGGUGAACAUGGAUCUACAUAUGGAGGAAAUCCAUUAGCUUGCCGUGUUGCGAUGGCAGCACUGGAGGUAAUUGAGGAGGAAAACUUGGCUAAAAAUGCAGAAAUAAUGGGUAACAUCCUACGAAAUGAGCUCAUGAAGACACCAUCUGAUAUUGUAACUUCUGUAAGAGGAAAAGGACUAUUAAAUGCAAUUGUAAUUCGGGAAACCAAAGACUAUGAUGCCUGGAAGGUGUGUUUGCGGCUUCGUGAUAACGGACUUCUUGCCAAACCUACGCAUGGUGAUAUCAUUCGACUGGCACCACCACUUGUCAUUAAGGAGGAUGAAAUCAGAGAGUGCAUCGAAAUAAUUCAUAAGACCAUUCUGUCUUUCUGAACACAUGACUUUUAAAGUAUAUCUGUUGGCUGACCCAAGGUGGUAUGUGAUGAAGGCCUGCUCUUGAAACAAGCAUCUCUCAUUCCUUCUAUCUAAGAGGACUUAACUCUAAAAUGUAGCUAUGUCUUUAAAUUAUAAUGGCUCUGAAGAAAAUUAAAGAGUUUCCAAUCUUGGAAUACUUGGAAAUAAAGU